ACUGGCAUAUUCUCUCUCCGGUUCUCGAGUUUCCUUUCAGAUUCUCUUCCUUUGUAUGCACUCUGCUUUGCAGAACUUCGAGUUUCCUUCCAAUAAUUUCUUAACCCAAAAGUCUCAGGCCCCCAGCCCUAGCUUGGGGCUUGGACAAGAAAAAUAGUAUAAUAAAUCUGCCCAACGAGGCCAAGAAAAUGACGAGCUCAUAAGGCCAAAAGUGAAAAGCCCCACUUAGAUUCACCCGCGCAUCAAAUGAGUUUUCGCCGAAUACCCGUAACGGGAUUUUCAUCUGGUAAGCAAAGCUCGGACCUUUCUAUUGAUUUUCACAUCUGGGUAUCUCAAAUUUUACUUAUUUUCUCCUGGGAAUUUGAUAAUUAUGAGUUCACGAGGAGAUGGGUUUUUCCCGGACGAAGUUGUUCUUCAAAUUCUUUCAAGAUUGCCGAUGAAGUCCCUAUUCAGAAGCAAAACCGUGUGUAAACUUUGGUACAGAUUGUCCUCGGAUAAGUAUUUUGUCCAGCUCUAUAACGAAUUGUCUGUUAAGAACCCUAUGGUAUUGGUUGAGGUUUCAGAGGCAUCAGAAUCGAAAUCCAGUUUGAUUUGUGUUGAUAAUCUGAGGGGUGUUUCUGAAUUUUCGUUGGAUUUCUUGAAAGAUAGAGUUAAGGUUAGAGCCUCAUGUAAUGGCUUGCUGUGUUGCUCUAGUAUUCCCGAUAAGGGUGUUUACUAUAUCUGUAAUCCGAUGACUAGGGAGUUUAGGUUGCUUCCUAGGAGCAGAGAGAGGCCUGUGACACGGUUUUACCCUGACGGUGAGGCCAUUCUGGUUGGUUUGGCAUGCGAUCUGUCGAGUCAGAAAUUUAAGGUUGUGUUAGCGGGCUAUCACCGCUCUUUUGGUCAAAGGUCGGAUGGAACUUUUAUAUGUUUGGUUUUUGAUUCGGAGUCGAACAAAUGGAGAAAGUUUGUAUCUUUUCAAGAUGAUCAUUUUACGCACAUGAAUCGGAAUCAAGUUGUGUUUGUGAAUGGCUCUUUGCAUUGGUUGACAGGUAGUUGUUCUUGUAUUCUUGUGCUUGAUUUGGAUUGUGACAUAUGGAGGAAGAUGCCAUUGCCAGAGCAAGUCGGCAGUGUUUCUGCUGGGAAUAGAAUUUAUUUGUUGGAGUCGGAUGGUUGCUUGUCCGUGUUGCAGAUUUCAGAUGCUUGGAUGAAUAUUUGGGUAUUGAAAGACUAUGAGAGGGAGGAAUGGCAUUUGGUGGAUAGGGUGAGUCUUAGAUGUAUCAGAGGACUUGUUCCGGGCAUUUUCCCGAUAAGUCAGACAGGUGAAUGUGUUUUCCUAGCAACUCAUAAGCAGGUAUUGGUGUAUCAGCGGAAUAAUCGAGUGUGGAAAGAAAUGUACUCCGUCAAGAAUGGCUCUACGCUCCCAUUGUGGUUCUCAGCUCAUGCAUUUAGGAGCACGCUAUUCACUUGUCACUACUAAGGUGUGGACUACAUCUGCUCAACUGCUGUAAAUAAACUUCUUAUCGAUUUUAUUUGUUGAAAAUUGGAUGGUUUUACCUUCAUAGUGUAAACUUUUCAAUUUAAGAUGUUGGCUUGGGCUUGAAUCUCCUCACUUUUGCAAAUGAAAAACAGUGAGGCAGGAUUCUUCCUGGAUUCAUAAUUUGAAUUCUCUUUUGUUGCUCAGUUUGAAAGGGAAAUAAAAGAUAUUCUUUGUUAAAA